AUGCUGGCAUGGUCUGCUAGGCUACUCAUAGAGAGAUCUCUAGCUAUCAAAUGCCCAACUGCUGCAGGUCAGUUGGUAGGGACGAAGAAAAUUCAGCAAGUAUUGGCAAAACCUGGAGUGCUUGAAAAGUACAUAUCAGAUAAGGCUGCUGUACAGCGACUUAGAAGAACAUUCACUGGYCUUUAUUCUCUAGAUGAGGGACCAGAAGGUGACCAAACUGUCAAAAUGGCAUUCGAAGAUCCAGAUAUGUUUGUCCUUAAGCCUCAGAAAGAAGGAGGAGGGCACAAUUUCUUUGGUGAMGAUAUAAAGAUUACGCUGAGCCAGGAAGAUAGAGCGCAGUUUAUUCURAUGGACAAAAUACGAAGUCCUUCGAUGAAGAACUACAUUGUGCGGCCAGAACAUAGCGAACCGCUUCUUACUGAUGUUGUCCCUGAAAUUGGCAUUGUUGGGGUAUACAUUGCCGAUGGGGAUAAACUAAUUGCCAACAGAGAGGUAGGACAUACAAUGCGUACGAAAAGCAGCCAGUAUGACAAUGGAAGUGUUUGUACUGGAAUAGCAAACUUUGACAGCCCCUAUCUAUUUUGA